ACAAGAGAGACAGACACAACAAAGCGCUGCCUCAAGCAGAGGAGAGAUUUGAGGAAACCAAAAACCAACGAAAGACGGAAAAAAAAUCUUCUGAGGAACACAACAACACAACACAGAGGAGAAAACUGAGACUCACUGCCCCCUUUGUACAAUCACCUUGGAAUAUCGAAUUUAUGCCCAGGGAUUGAGCAAUGUCCCCACCCCCGACGAGUCUUCUUCACUGAUACAGAGGUGAUCCCUUGGACACUAAAUCCGCCCCCAUUUCCCUACCCAAUCCCCCUUUUGGGGUUUGCCCUAAUCGCUUUGAAUCGAGCCUCCCCUUUCCUUUCCCCCCUUCCCCUUUUGAUCGAUACCCAUGUAGGCAACUUAGGGUUCUUUCACUUCUUUCGUGGAUAAAGAGGAUACCCACUUGCUUAAGUCCCUCGGUCCCUUCCCCCAAUUCCCGGAAUUGCAUAAGAAAAAACCCUAGUGCUCAUCUGGGUCCUCUCCUAAGUGUUGCUUCGAUUUCUUUGCUCAGUGGGUUCUUGUGCUGGAUUCUUUUUUCUAGGUUUGCUGCGGAUCGUGCCCCGGAAGCUCCCCGAUUUCGGAGUCAGUGUUUGCCGGGUUAGGGUUUGAUCAGUUGCUCGCGCCGGCUCCGAUCUUGUAUGGGCAUGGGAGUUUUGGUGCGUGUGGAACUAAAAUUUGGGCCUUUGUGCUUAGUUUGAGAUUGGGAUUGGGAUUGCUCCGGGGGCUGCUGAAUGAAUGAAAUGAGAUGACUGUUGUCUGGUCUUGAGGUGCCUCUGCGCAUUUAUGGGACUGCCCCCCAAAGGCAGUGGACAGCAGAUUUAGCUAGUGCUUGGUUUUGCGCGGAACUAGUGGCUUCAUGGUUUUUGCUGCUUUGGAGCUGCAAUUGAUCUAUACUGUGGAAUGAUCAGCUUACUUAGUUCGGGUCUGAAAGUAGCGGUGGUGAUGGUUCUGUAUCGGCAUCGCAGGCGGCACAGGAUAUCAUCUGAUCACUGCAGCCAUCUUUCGUUCUUCCAGGAACCGUUCCAGUCAACAAAAUUCCGACAAUAAAUGACUCUGCUUAAGUUAUCUGUUCUGUCCAAACUUUUAGUUUGAUAUCGGGAUUAGCUAAAAUAAAAACCGGUGUGGUUGUCAAGUGUGAUUUUGAACUGAAGUUUUUGGGAUAACUCUGUUCGAUAUUUUGCACGUUUCGAGGUGGACCAGUUUCACCAUAGGGGCAUUGCAGUGCUUUGAAGCUCGGAUGAUUUCUGUUACAUGGUGCAUGAAGGGGAGCAUGGUUUAUGGUUCUUCCUCUUCUGGGCACUGCUCCUAUUAGGAAGUAACUUUAGAAGUGCUUUUCUCUGGAAGGUGCUAGUUGUGUGGAGAUAUGUCUCGCUGCUUUCCAUUUCCUCCACCUGGAUAUGUAAGGAAGGCUGGAGCUGGGUCAGUAGACAAUGUGGACUUGCUGAAACAGAUCCAGCUGCUACUGCGAGUCUCUGAUGAUAACAUGAAAUUAUAUCUGCUGCUUAAUGAUGCCAAUGACUUCAAUAUCCUUACUGAUAAGCAUAGAGAGAAGAGGGAUAAAAGGGAGAAGAAGGAUAGAGAGAAGCGAGAGGGUAAAGAGAGAAAAGAGAAAGAUCGGAGUGAUGAGAAGCAGAGGGACAAGAAAGAGAAAAAGGAUAAACACAGAGACAAAAAGAAGGACAAGGAGAAGGAAAAGGAAAAAGAAAGGGAUAAGGAAAGAGAAAAGGAUCAUAGCAGUUCCUCUAAUGACAAGAAGCUUCCAACACAGAUUGGACGCAUCAAUGAAGAGAAGACUUUUAAUGAAAAAGGACCCUUACUGUCUAGGUUACCUGCUGGGCAAACUGGGGAAAUGUCCAUAUCGAAGGAGAAGGAAAGGGAGAAACAGAGGAAUAGCACUCCUGAUGGGAAGAGACCUGCUGGGCAAACUGUUGAUAAGAUCAUUUCAACCAAUAAUAAUUCAUCGAGGGAUAUCGGUGAUAAUAAUAAAUAUGUGCAGGAGCUUGAAAAGCGUGUAGGAAAUGACAGGAACAGUGGAACCCAGCUGGCCGAGAAAUAUAUGGUUGCAGAGAGGAAAAAAGAUGAAGGCAUGGUUCCUUUUUUGGCAAAGCCUACUGCUGGUGUCAGGCCGGAAGGGAAAGAACGUAACAAAGAACGAAGAGACAAUGAACAGAAGGUGGAAAGGGUUAAUGGGAUUUUGAAGGUCCGGAAUUUUAGUGGAGCUGUUCAAAGUAGAAUCCUGGAAGUACCUACACCAUUGGAGCAGUGUGUUGAGAAGGAAAUUGAAUGGAGGGAUAAGUUAAAGGGUAGAGAAGAUGUGGAUAAGCGGGCAGAUAAAUGGAAGGAGAAAGAUGGGGAGAGAAAGGGCCAAGAGAAAGUGAAGGAGUCGAGUAAAGAGAGGAAGGAGGAAAGAUCAAAGGAGAAAAGUGAGCGUAAUAGACAUAAUGAGCAGGAAGGGUUGAGAUCAAGCAGAAAGAAUGAGAUGCUAAGUAGCCCACUUACAAAAAACCUGCAAGAGCCUGUAAAAGAGCCUGACAAAACUGUAGCUGCUUCUGAAAAUGUUCUUAAGAAGAGGAAGGAUCCCGAAACAAAUGGGUUUCUGCAUGCCAACGAAAUCCGAUCCAACAAGUUGCAGAAACAAAUGUUGGCCUCUCGGUCCCUCUUGGAGAAUGGCCGGACAUUGGAACCUUUCGCUUCUUCCCAGGUUGCUCCCCCCUUGCCUGGGCCCACUAAUAAUAGCAACAAUAUCCUCGAGGCAAAUAAGGAGAAAAGGAAAAUAAAUGGGGUCACUGAGAGUCGACCGACACGUCCUGCAUCUUCCCCCCUGCAAAAUCAACAGCCCACUACACAAGCUGAUCUAUUACUAGCUGAAGUGCCAUUGGUAAGACCACCUCAUCCUGACUCCAAGCAUCUCGACGAGAUACUAAGUAGAGUCCCAAGAAUGGAGGAAUUGCCUGAAUUGGACGAUGACCAAAGCUGGCUCUUUCACAGCAAUUGUGAGGAUUCAAAGAAGCCAAAAUGGGGUCACAGGGUGGAUGACGUGACCUCUCAGGUUUGGGGAGAAUCUCUUCACAUAGAGUCAGCUGAUAUUUAUGCUCUGCCUUAUGUGAUCCCCUACUGAUGAGAGUUUUCGAAGUAGACAUGGUUCUACACCCUUUGGGAUCUCCUUUAGCUACCACAGAAGAGUGACCAGCAGAUUGAUCUUCGAGAUGGCAUUUGCAUAAUUUCUAUGAUCUUGCUUGCAUUCAUUUGUGAAUGUUAGGUCAGCUUCCUUCAGCUUCCUUCGGGGCUUCUGUGGGCUUAUUUGCUUCCACCUGCAAGUCUCGAUCUGAUUACCAGUGGAAGACUGGGACCGAGAGAGCGAAUUUGUUUCAUUCGUUGCUGAACUUGAAAGGGAGCCCAAUUGGGUUGCUGCAAGGAGCGGAGGAUUUUUGAUUGGCUUGUGGAAAUUCUCAAAUCGGAGGAGGGAGCAUAUGAUUGCAAUGCUUUUGUUUCUUCUAACUGGGGAGGCAAGGGAAGAGAAGCAGAGGGCUGCCCCUGUUUUCAGCAGCACUCCGAUCACAAUUUUGAUUUGUAACAUAGAAAAUGAACUCUUCUUUUUUACAUAAUAUUAUGAUAGAGAAGGAAUUUAUUCAAACAGGAAAAGAGAAAAAAAAAUGGAGGAACUUGAUUCGCGAUCGAUUCACUCAAA